UUGCAGGAGGGUGGAGCAGGUUGAAUGAGUUUCAAAACUCAUGGCUUGUUGUGAGGCCUGCGCUCACAAAACCAUUACUUCAGCUUUAGAAUCCAAAGCGCCAGGGCGUUGGACACAGGGAAUUAGCUCACGGAGAACAGUUGGAAAAGUGAAAGCCGACUUCCUUCAACACGAUAGUGCAAGUUUGCCGCUGAUUUACUUUAUUGUUCACCGUACACUGCAGUAUAAUAAUGUCUGAUACAAAUUUUAAAAGCUUGGAAGAUGUUCUAAACAAACACAUUCCUUCCGAAGAACUCGGCGAGGUUAAGAGGGUCCUCUAUGGACGAUCGGACGACAACGAGCUGAAAUUUUCGGACGAAACCAUUUCAUUGGCAAAGGAUGUAGAUGUCGAGUUGAAGGGAUACGUGUUUAAUGCACGUAAAGAAGACUUGAGGAGGCCAAGGAUCGUGCGUGUCGCCGCCAUCCAAAAUACCGUCGAUAUACCAACGACUGCCCCAAUUCAUGUACAACGUGAUGCCUUGCACGAGAAAAUAUCGAACAUUUUAAGAGUAGCUGUUUCAGCUGGUGUUAAUAUCGUUUGCUUGCAGGAAGCAUGGACUAUGCCUUUUGGCUUUUGUACACGCGAAAAAAUUUGGUGUGAGUUUGCAGAGGAUGUUGAAAAUGGACCUACCACGAACAUGCUGAAGGAGUUAGCCAAGCAAUAUAAUAUGGUGAUCAUCUCUCCUAUACUUGAGCGUGACUCGGACCAUCAUGACACAAUAUUUAAUACGGCUGUCGUGAUAUCCAACACCGGUGCCUAUAUUGGCAAGCAUCGCAAAAACCAUAUUCCUCGUGUGGGAGAUUUUAAUGAAUCGUCGUACUAUUUCGAGGGAGACACGGGGCAUCCUGUCUUUGAGACUCAGUUUGGACGUAUAGGCAUUAACAUUUGCUAUGGACGCCACCACCCACAAAAUUGGAUGAUGUUUGGCAUCAACGGCGCAGAGAUUGUAUUCAAUCCAUCUGCAACGGUUGGUGCACUAAGUGAACCUCUGUGGGGUAUCGAGGCAAGAAAUGCAGCUAUUGCAAAUGGCUACUUUGCGGUCGCAAUCAAUCGCGUCGGAACGGAAGUGUUUCCCAAUGAGUUUACUUCUGGCAAUGGGCUACCAGCACACAAGGACUUUGGACCGUUUUACGGAUCGUCCUAUGUGGCAGCUCCAGAUGGUUCGCGAACUCCGGGUCUUUCCCGAGAUAAGAACGGAUUACUUGUAGUAGAGAUGGAUUUGAACCUUUGUCGGCAGGUAAAGGAUUUCUGGGGCUUUCAGAUGACUCAACGUCUACCUCUGUAUGCCGAAUCUCUGGCCAAAGCUAUAAAACCAGAUUACAAACCUCAGAUAAUAAGAGAAUAACCGAACUGGUCGCAACAUCUUCGGCCUCGAAAGAAAUCCUUUUUAUGUUUGAUUUUUUUUGUAACAACUGUCUAACAAUAAAGUGUUGAGUUAAUUAUUAA